AUGGCGGCGCCGCUGCCAGGCAUCUCCAGCGCCGGAGAGUGGACCUCCCUGCUCUGUGGAGUGCAGUACAUUGCCAGGAUGGAUCGGUUAGUGCGAUUAUUUUAUGGUGGCAAAGUUAAAGGAAACGGGGAGUUUGAAAUUAUGCAAGAACAUGUUCAGUUCUUUAGUACAUCUCCUACCUUUGGUGGUUUGGUUAGCCAAUGCCGAGAUAAAUUUGAGUGGCCACUAAGAUUGAGAGGUCAAUUUAACUGUGGGAAGGAACGAGCACACUAUGUGUUGAUGUCUUUGUCAUGUGACGAUGAAUGGAAGAACUACAUAGAAGUUGUCAAGAGUAGUAGUGUUAUGUGCUUGGAAGUUGUUGUGGAGAAGGGGUGUAGCCCAAUUGUGGUGGUUGUGGAUGAUAAUGUGGAUGUGGAGCCCGUAGAGAACCUUACCCAAGACGAAGAGUUACAGGCGGUUGUCGUUAGAGAAGUUGAUAGGUCAUGUGAGCCCGGUGCCUUGAAUGAUGAUUUCGAUGAAGAAACGUUUGAUGAGGACGGUGGCAGCGGAGAUGGAACACAUGAUAUGGAUGACAUAUCCCAAGGAUCGUACAAUGACGAAGUUGAUGUUGCCUCCGUAGACGAAGAUGACUUGACUUCGGGGUCAAGUACUUUGGAUGAUGUGUUGGAGGACGAGUACAAGUCCGAGCCUAGUAGCGAGGACGAAAGUGAUUGUUGUGAGGGAGGGUUUCCGGACACAAUAGAAGUCCCAGUUGAUGGGUCAUUGAGAAUGGAGUACAAUGAUGUCGAAUUGAGGCAAUUGAAGGUUGUCCAUAUGGAGGUACCCUUGGUACCAAAUUUCAUGGAUAUUAGUAUGGUUGAGUAG